AUGCACAAACCAAUCAUGCCUAGAUAUCUAAGAGCCGAUGCAACUCCCCUUUCACCUGAAGCAAUUUGCGAGAUUAUGAAUGCUAAAUAUACAAAAAAUGUAUUAUCAGUUUUAGUCAAAAAGUAUAAAAUAUCAAACACACGUAUUUAUAAAAUUUGGCGAGGACAAGAAUACUAUGCUGGUCUUACAUUUAAGGUUGAUCAAAAUCAAAAUAUUGAUUGGGAUAAAGAAAUCGAAAGUAUAUAUGAUUUAUAUGCAGAACUUCCACCAGAAUCACACCAAUCUAUAACCAAUCCCUCAUAG